CGGACAGGGUCAUUGCUGCCGGUCUCGCUUCAGUCCGACUCCAGUGCGAGCCGGGCCCCGCGCUGCGCCGACUCCCGCCGCCCCGGAGCCUCGUGCGCGCGAGCCAUGGCCCGCGAGCUGUACCACCAGGAGUUCUCCCGGGCGGGCACGCAGGCAGGGCUGCAGGUCUGGCGGGUGGAGAAGCUGGAGCUGGCGCCGGUGCCCCAGAGCGCUUACGGCGACUUCUACGUCGGGGAUGCCUACCUGGUGCUGCACACGGCGCAGGCGAGCCGAGGCUUCACCUACCGCCUGCACUUCUGGCUCGGAAAGGAGUGCUCCCAGGAUGAGAGCACAGCAGCUGCCAUCUUCACUGUUCAGAUGGAUGACUAUCUGGGUGGCAAGCCAGUGCAAAGCAGAGAACUUCAAGGCUACGAAUCUACUGAUUUUGUUGGCUAUUUCAAAGGAGGCCUGAAAUACAAGGCUGGGGGUGUGGCAUCUGGACUGAAUCACGUUCUCACCAACGACCUGACCGCCCAGAGGCUGCUGCAUGUGAAGGGCAGGAGAGUGGUCAGGGCCACAGAAGUUCCCCUCAGCUGGGACAGUUUCAACAAGGGUGACUGCUUCAUCAUUGACCUUGGCACCGAAAUUUAUCAAUGGUGUGGUUCCUCAUGCAACAAAUAUGAACGUCUGAAGGCAAGCCAGGUAGCCAUUGGCAUUCGGGAUAAUGAAAGGAAAGGAAGAUCUCAACUAAUUGUGGUGGAAGAAGGAAGUGAACCAUCAGAGCUUAUAAAGGCUUUAGGGAAAAAGCCAGAGAUUCGGGAUGAAGACAAUGAAGACGACAUAGUAGCAGACAUAAGUAACAGGAAAAUGGCUAAACUUUACAUGGUUUCAGAUGCAAGUGGCUCCAUGACAGUGACUGUGGUGGCAGAAGAAAACCCCUUCUCCAUGGCAAUGCUGCUUUCUGAAGAAUGCUUUAUUUUGGACCAUGGUGCUGCAAAACAAAUUUUCGUAUGGAAAGGUAAAAAUGCAAAUCCCCAGGAGAGGAAGGCUGCAAUGAAAACAGCUGAAGAAUUCCUACAGCAAAUGAAUUAUCCCACCAAUACUCAAAUUCAAGUUCUUCCAGAAGGAGGUGAAACACCAAUCUUCAAACAAUUCUUUAAGGACUGGAAAGAUAAAGAACAAAGUGAUGGAUUCGGAAAGGUCUAUGUCACAGAGAAAGUGGCUCAAAUAAAACAAAUUCCAUUUGAUGCUUCAAAAUUACAUAGUUCCCCACAGAUGGCGGCACAGCACAAUAUGGUGGAUGACGGUUCUGGAAAAGUGGAGAUUUGGCGUGUAGAAAGCAAUGGUAGGAUCCCAGUUGACCAAGACUCAUAUGGUGAAUUCUAUGGUGGUGACUGCUACAUUAUACUCUACACUUAUGCCAGAGGACAGAUUAUCUACACUUGGCAAGGAGCGAAUGCCACAAGGGAUGAGCUGACCACAUCUGCGUUCCUGACUGUUCAGUUAGAUCGGUCCCUUGGAGGACAGGCUGUUCAGAUCCGAGUCUCCCAAGGCAAAGAGCCUGUUCACCUGCUGAGUUUGUUCAAAGACAAACCGCUCAUUAUUUACAAGAAUGGAACAUCAAAGAAAGGAGGUCAGGCACCUGCUCCCCCUACACGCCUCUUUCAAGUCCGGAGAAACCUGGCAUCCAUCACCAGGAUUGUAGAGGUUGAUGUUGAUGCAAAUUCACUGAAUUCCAAUGAUGUUUUUGUGUUGAAACUGCCACAAAAUAGUGGCUACAUCUGGAGAGGAAAAGGUGCUAGCCAGGAGGAGGAGAAAGGAGCAGAAUACGUAGCAAGUGUUCUCAAGUGCAAAACCUUAAGGAUUCAGGAAGGCGAGGAACCAGAGGAGUUCUGGAAUUCCCUUGGAGGAAAAAAAGACUACCAGACCUCACCACUACUAGAAACCCAGGCUGAAGACCAUCCACCUCGACUUUACGGCUGCUCUAACAAAACUGGAAGAUUCAUCAUUGAAGAGGUUCCAGGAGAGUUCACUCAGGAUGAUUUAGCAGAAGAUGAUGUCAUGUUACUAGAUGCUUGGGAACAGAUAUUUAUUUGGAUUGGAAAAGAUGCUAAUGAAGUUGAGAAAACAGAAUCUUUGAAGUCUGCCAAGAUGUACCUUCAGACAGACCCUUCUGGAAGAGACAAGAGGACACCAAUUGUCAUCAUAAAACAGGGCCAUGAGCCACCCACAUUCACAGGCUGGUUCCUAGGCUGGAAUUCCAGCAGGUGGUAAAUUUAUUUUUGUAAAAAGCAAACAAACAAACAUAAUUGGGCAGUUGUACCACCGCUGGCUUUUUUUUUGAGGGGUGAGAUGGGGGGGACUUUUUUGUUUGUUUUUUUAGCUUUAAAAAAUUAACCUUAACCAAAUGGCUAUUUUUGAAUGCCUCGUAUUGGUUUGAAAUGCUUUUUAAACUGGAAUUUCCUUAUGUUAAUGUAUUAAAAUAACCUAAAAUAAAUUUUUGUCAUAGGGCAAUAGUAGCUCUUCUAGAAACUGAUUUAUAUCUUUUUAUAGGACCUCUUAAAAGUAAAAGGCUAUGCACAAUCUAGAGGGAUUUCUCAGGUAGGACAUUUUAUAACUCAGCAGUCAUUAGCCAAAUUUGUUCUUGGACAUACCAGAGAAGAAAGCUGUAAUGUCUUAGAGGUUAUUCUCUUUUCUAUAUACUGUGUUUAAAAGAAUUGUAUAUUUGCAGUAAAGUUUAUGUUAAGAUGGCUUUUAAAAUUGGUUGUUAUUUUCCUCCUUUAGUGAGUGUGACUUUGAUGCCAUUAAUUUCUAAGUGUCAUUUUUUUAAGAGGAACUUUCAUUUUUACCUUUUUAAAAGCCUUUGAAAACACAGCUCUUUCAUGACAAAAUAAAUUGUAUUCUUCUCCACUUAGAUAUAUAUAUUUGACAGUACAUGUUUAAUAUCACAAAUGAUACAUACAGAAAAACCCCAGUAAUGUUGUUUUUCAAUAAUAAA